UUUUGCUUGCAAUUCAACCGCCUCUGAGAAGAGACCCACGAUCCCACGAACACCCGCUUCAAUUUAUAAGGACUAGCAGAGUAGGGUUUGGGCCAACUUACCUGUGCGGCGAAAGGAACUGUCCCGGCCGUCUUACAUAGCCUCCUCCGUUCCUCAGGACCAACAAGCGGCGGUGCAGUAGAAGUCACAAUGAAGCUGAACGUGGACGUUUUGAGAUAUCUCUCCAAGGAUGAUUUUAGGGUUCUCACCGCCGUCGAAAUGGGAAUGCGCAAUCAUGAAAUUGUACCUGCGGAGCUUGUCGACCGCAUAGCCUCUCUAAAACAUGGGGGCACUUACAAAGUUUUGAAAAAUUUGCUCAAGCAUAAGCUCUUGCACCAUGACUCUUCCAAAUAUGACGGGUUUCGGCUCACCUACCUUGGUUAUGAUUUUCUUGCUAUUAAGACAAUGGUUAACCGCGGAGUUUUUAUGGCGGUUGGUCGUCAGAUUGGGGUUGGAAAAGAGUCUGAUAUCUUUGAGGUUGCCACGGAAGAUGGUACAAUCCUAGCCAUAAAGUUGCACCGACUUGGUAGAGUUUCUUUUAGGGCUGUCAAAUCUAAGCGUGACUACUUGAGGCAUCGUACUAGUUACAGUUGGCUGUAUUUGUCCCGCCUCGCUGCAAUCAAAGAGUUUGCUUUUAUGAAGGCUUUGGAGGAACAUGGUUUUCCUGUUCCAAGGGCCGUGGACUGUAAUAGGCAUUGUGUGGUUAUGUCACUUGUCCAAGGUUACCCUCUUGUACAGGUUAAGGAAUUGCAAAAUCCGGAGACGGUUUUUGAAAGGAUCGUUGGUCUUGUUGUUCGUCUAGCAGAACAUGGUCUCAUUCACUGUGACUUCAAUGAAUUCAAUAUUAUGAUUGAUGAUGAUGAGAAGGUCACCAUGAUUGAUUUUCCACAGAUGGUAUCUGUAGACCAUCGUAAUGCACAGAUGUACUUUGAUCGUGAUGUUGAAUGCAUCUUUAAGUUUUUCAGCAAGAGGUUCAACAUGUCUUUUCAAGAAAGCCUAGAUGACAUUGAUGGUUCAGAGGUAGACACAGAUGAAAGUGGCCGACCUCGCUUUUCUUCAAUAGAAAAAGGUGCUGGUUUUCUAGACAAGGAACUUGCAGCCAGUGGAUUUACUAGAAAGGAUCAAGAGGACAUGGAGAAGUGCAUUGAAGGAGGUAUAGAGAAGGAUGCAGGUAGUGGUGAGGAAGAAAGUGAAGGUGGUGGACACAGUUCUGACUCUGAGUUAAAUGAAUCUUAUAUAAGUGGUGUUGUUUCUCUGCAGUUGCAAGAGCAGGAAGAGCAGACUUUAAAUUGUGAUGGGGAAGGCAGAGUAGAGGAGAAUCAACAAAACUCUGAAGUACGUCAAAGUCAAACCAGUGGACCUGAAACUCAAGAUGCGAGUGACAAGGAGGAAGAUAAUCAGACCAUGAAUGAUGAUGAUGCUGAAUUGAUGAAGCGUUUAAGAAAGCAGAAUCGGCGUGCCAUAGCAUCAGUGCGUGGAGGACGGAAGACUGUAGCAUCCAGAAAUAGCUACAAAGACAAGGGUGGCAAGUCCUCCCAUAAUUCAAAAAUGCAGAAGCAAUUGAGUGGCUGGUGAAAUUUUGCAAAGAAUCACCAUGCGAUCCAAGGCAUAGAAGCUAUCAAUUAAAUCGGCUGUGACCAAUGAUAUGCAAAUUAGAUGAAGAAGUUUAUUCCUGCAAAAUCCUGUGUGUUUAUCAAACAAGCAUGGUGGGUGACAGGAAGAAAAUGAGUUGGAUGGAAUGGCUCUGUGAGUGUCGUAGGCAGUGUACGUUUCAUUAAAUGUUCAUUCAUGCAACUGGCAAAGUCUGUAUUAUAUAUAAUUGUUAUCUUAUCUACAUAGAAAUUUUAGUGUAAUGAGACGAGGAGGAGGCUACGUUACUCUCUCGAAUCUUUUUUGACCUUUCUACAUGGUUUUGGUUCCCAGGAGGCCAGUAUAUAUUUAUGUCACGUGACAAUCUUUUUAACUUUGUUUAACGAUCUCAAGAAUUUUGUUAAA